AUGGUCUUAGUAAAUGAUGAAGACAUCAAUGAAUACGGUUGGAGAGAGUACUGGGGCAUGAAAUUCAAGUGGACUCCGGAGCAUCUAACAUCCAAAGACCUAGAGCCCCUAAUACGCACAUACGACACCGUCGCUACCGAGGCUGUCGAAAGAUUAGAUGAGCUCUCUCCGCCUCCUAAGAAAGAGGUUCCUGAGGAGAACUAUGAGACGCCAACAGCAGAGAAGAAAGUUAGAAGAGACCUCUACGAACUUCUUAAACAACACGGUACUACCGACAAGAAGGCCAAAAGACUAUGGAGUGAGGUCAAUACCAUUCCGGAUUGGGUUGACUGGGAACAGAUAGAAAGGGGCCAGAAAGUGUUCUACCGAUACGGAGGCCCGGCCAUCACGUCUUUAACCUUCCUAUCCCUAUUAGGCGGCAUGGGAAGCGGCCGAACCGUCGAAACCCUCGACCGAACUGGCGGCUUCAGCGCAGAAGUAGUCAGACGUCGACUCCUAGAAACCACACAGCACACCCUCAACGUAACCCGUGACCUAGAGUCCAUAAAGCCAGGCGGUGACGGCUUCGCAGACUCGAUCCGGGUGCGCAUGCUGCACGCGACAGUGCGCCGGCGGGUAAUGAAGAUGGCAGCGUCUCGUCCAGGGUACUACGACAUGCAAGCCUUCGGCAUCCCGAUCAACGACCUCGACUGCAUCGGCACCAUCAACGCGUUCUCAGCGACCGUGCUAUGGAUGGGUCUCCAACGCCAGGGCAUAUAUCUCCGGCGGCAAGAGACAGCUGACUACCUCGCGCUCUGGCGAUACGUCGCGUACCUCAUGGGGACGCCGCACGACUGGCUAUCGACGCCAGAAUCAGCCAGACGAAUGAUGGAAUCGCUGCUAGUCUCCGAGAUAAAACCCACUCGCGCGUCCGCGAACCUCGCCAACAACAUCAUCACGGGUCUUCAAGGGCAGCCACCAACAUAUGCUUCGAAAGAGUUCAUGUGCGCGCAGACGUAUUGGCUCAACGGGCGAGAGCUGUCCGAGGCCUUGUCCAUCGACCGACCGGGUCCGUGGUAUUUUGCCCUCGUGCUCGGGCAGUGCAUCCUGUUUAUGGCGCUUAGCUACGUGAACCGCAGUGUCGGGUAUCUCGACGAGCGAAACAUCAAGCUAGUCCGCAAAGCCUUCUACCAGAUCCUGCUCCAGGACAAGUCGAAAGGCGCGCUGGGGUAUACCUCGAAGUUCAACAUAAAGUACGUCCCCUCGUUCGCCAAGACGUCGACGGAGCGCGGUGCGUCGGCAUCUCGUGUGAUGCGGGAUACGCUUGGGAAGGCGGAACGAACGGCUUUGGUAUCACUGCUCGCGUCCGCGGCUUUUGUCGGCGCUUCUGUGUGGUGUUGUGCGAAAGCUGUGGCAUGGUUGGUUAGCGGAUAG